GGGGGAAUGAGAGCAGUAGUUUGAGGAUCAGGUGCAAGAGCUGGGAGAAAGUCUUCUGCCCCACUAUUCGAGCCACUGCGACUGAAGACUCGUCGCAGGACUGGAAAGUUCGAUUCAGGCUCUCCCAGGCUCUCUGGGAUGGGGGAUAAAGCUGUUGAGAUACUGGAGGGUGAACCUGGAGUGGAGCUGAAAGAAAAGUCACCUCCCAAACCAGCCAGGCUGCGGAAGGCAGAUGCGCAGCCAUCAAAGAAAAAGAAAGAGGGAGCACCAACAAGCCACAAGCAAGGCACAAAGAAAGCCACAAAGGAAAAAGCCAAGCCCGCAUCCAAUCAACAUUCAGGUGAUGAUGAUGAAAAUCCACUGGAAUGGCUUACACUGAAUCGCUGCAUUCUAUUGGCUGUCAUCACAAUUUUGGUCAGUACUGGAGUCAACACUCUGAAUGAAACAUGGGGGGAAUUCUGGGGGAUGGAGGAAGUGGAGCUCACUGCAGAGGAACUGGCUUUGGGAGGCAACGACGUAACGGCAGGCAGCGAACCCGAGGAGACCGAGAGCUCACUGUGGAACCUGUUCUCCUGGAGCUGGGGGUCAAGAUACGAUUGCGGUGCAGACGAUAAUUGCGAUGCAGAUGAUGAUGAUGACGUCGCUUAUUACUAUUAUUAUUACGCUGCUGAUGAUGAUGACGAUGGCGAUGACACUGUCAAUGAUGAUGACAACAAUGCCGUCGAUGAAGAUGACGAUGAUGAUGGUGACGAACGCCCAGGAGGAAGAUCGAGAAAGCUGGCUCUAAAGAGGGAGGUGCAGAGCGAAUCAGGGAGGGAGGAACACACAGUGAAACGUAGGAAACGACUUCCAAGGGAACCAGAGGAAGAUACAACCCAAAGGAAAAGAUCGACAAGGCAUAAGCCUGGUGAUGAGGAGGAGGAAGAAGAGGAGGAAUGAGCCUGGAGGAAGAGGGAGAAAGAGGAACGGGGACAGCGUCGGGGGUAGUUCACCUGGAGACGAGAGCUUCUGCUGAUGAAAGACUCCUCUUCUGUCCUUGGCAACGAAGGUCAACGUCUCUGGAGUAUCUCCUCCUGUGCAGUUUGUUUCACUGCAGUCAAACGUCACCAGAAGAGAAAUGAUCCCCUGGAAGGAUCCUUCGUUUUCAUUCAAUAUGUCAGCCAUUACCUUCCCCCGCAAAGCGCUAUUCUCUCUAAUAUGCAAGGUGGUGACUGAGGACAUUAAUCCUGAAAAACAGAUGUUCGCAUGAGAACUGCUCACCUGUUAAGUGUUGAUAUAGUUGGCUGAUUGGCUCACACAGGGUCGAGUCAGAUGCACAGUAUAGUUUCCAGGAGAAAAUGAAACUUAUGUUUCACAAUUUACACGAUACAGACUGAAUAUUAUCCCAUAUUACACUUUGAGCAUUUUGAUUUCUAAGUGUCAUUCAUAUUAAAUGAUUUACUUACAUCACUGUCAUUUCCUAACUGAUCUGAUAUGCUUCACCAUACCUGCUCUAGGAUUUAUUCAGCUCAAAAGCCAAGAGCAUAACAAACAAGGUUAUAUUCUUUUUACCCCAAUAUGUUAUUAGAAAUGAAAGAUACCAUUUCUGUAAUGUUUCACCAUUUAUUGAAUUGUGUGCAUUAUAUUUGUAUUUGAGGACAAGGGAUUUAUUAACUUCCAAAGCUCCAUCAAGAAGAAUUGCUCUUUUGCCUUGACUCUGAAACCUUGCCACCAUGCAAUAAAGCCCAGUGAUUUUUUUCUUUGUAUAUCCUACUUUCUGGAUGUCAAUACCAGGUCCAAAGCCACCCAUCCUUAGACAGACAAAUAUAUACAAAUUCAUUCAGACAAAUAUACGCGUGAUUACAAAAAACCCGGCUAUAUUUUUGUGCAAUAGUGUUCUUUUUAUUCACUUAUCACCGAAGUGUGUUCACACAAGAACUUUGAACAACCACACACACACACACACGCAAAACUUCAUAUGUUAUGUGGGCGUGCACAGUGAACAGAAACACGAGCAGUGGAAUGGCAAAACACAGCGUGCAUUUCCAUUUUUUUUUUU